CGGGGGCGGGCUUCCGGUUUCGCGCAUGCGCCUUCCCCUACCUUUCCCCACGCUGGUUCCGCGUCCUGUCGCCUGGCCCCGGGAGUCUCGUGUGCUGUGGUCUGGGCUGCUGCUGCCGCUGCCACUGCCGCCGCCGCGAUGGGCAAAACUACCGACUUUCGGGGUCCGGGAGCCCGGCCCGAUCCGGUGCGGAGCUUCAAUCGCUGGAAGAAGAAGCACAACCAUAAGCAGAGUCAAAAGAAGCAGUUGAGGAAGCAGCUGAAGAAGCCCGAGUGGCAGGUUGAGCGCGAGGUUAUCAGCCGCCUCAUGCUGAACUACGGGAAGAUAAAUGUAAAUGAAAUUACAAGAUUUUCAGAUUUCCCCUUGUCUAAAAAAACAUUGAAAGGUUUGCAAGAAGCCCAGUACCGUUUGGUAACUGAGAUACAGAAGCAGACCAUUGGGUUGGCUUUGCAAGGUAAAGAUGUCCUCGGAGCUGCCAAAACUGGAUCUGGCAAGACUUUGGCUUUCCUGGUUCCAGUGCUGGAAGCCUUAUAUCGUCUACAGUGGACCUCAACAGAUGGCCUGGGGGUCCUGAUUAUAUCACCUACGAGAGAGCUAGCUUAUCAGACCUUUGAGGUUCUCCGAAAAGUAGGAAAGAAUCAUGACUUUUCUGCUGGUCUCAUCAUUGGUGGGAAGGAUCUGAAACAUGAAGCUGAGAGGAUCAAUAACAUAAAUAUACUGGUUUGCACACCAGGUCGGCUUCUUCAACACAUGGAUGAAACAAUAUGUUUUCAUGCUACCAAUCUCCAAAUGUUAGUUCUUGAUGAAGCAGAUAGAAUCUUGGAUAUGGGCUUUGCUGAUACCACGAAUGCUAUUAUUGAGAAUCUUCCCAAGAAACGUCAGACCUUGCUUUUCUCAGCAACACAAACCAAAUCUGUAAAGGACCUUGCACGCUUGAGUUUGAAAAACCCUGAGUAUGUCUGGGUUCAUGAAAAAGCAAAAUACAGCACUCCUGCCACUUUGGAGCAGAACUACAUAGUUUGUCAGCUGCAGCAAAAAAUAAGUGUACUCUAUUCCUUCUUGAGAAGCCACCUGAAGAAGAAAAGUAUUGUAUUUUUCUCCAGUUGUAGGGAGGUUCAGUAUCUGUUUCGAGUGUUUUGCCGGCUACGUCCUGGUAUAUCUAUCCUUGCUCUGCAUGGUCGACAGCAGCAGAUGAGAAGAAUGGAAGUCUAUAAUGAAUUUGUUCGCAAGAGAGCUGCAGUACUGUUUGCUACUGAUAUUGCAGCCAGGGGACUGGAUUUCCCAGCCGUGAAUUGGGUUCUUCAGUUUGAUUGUCCUGAAGAUGCCAACACAUACAUUCACCGUGCAGGUAGAACUGCCAGGUAUAAAGAGGAUGGGGAAGCUUUACUAAUUUUGCUGCCCUCAGAAGAGAAAGGGAUGGUGCAGCAGCUCCUCCAGAGGAAAGUGCCUGUGAAGGAAAUCAAAAUCAAUCCAGAAAAACUUAUUGAUGUCCAGAAAAAACUGGAAUCAUUUUUAGCUCAAGAUCAAGAUUUAAAAGAAAGAGCUCAAAGGUGUUUUGUCUCCUAUAUACGUUCAGUAUAUCUGAUGAAGGAUAAAGAAAUAUUUGAUGUGAGCAAGUUACCUAUACCUGAAUAUGCCCUGUCUCUUGGUCUUGCUGUGGCACCACGGGUAAGAUUUCUUCAGAAGAUGCAGAAACAACCAAACAAAGAAUUGAUAGUGAGCCAAGAUAAAAAAGUAAGCGAGCCCAGGGCCCCCUCCCUCAGCAAUGAUGAAGUGGAAGAAUUUAGGGCCUACUUCAGUGAGAAAAUGUCCAUCCUUCAGAAAGGUGGGAAAAGACCAGAAGGGACAGAAGAUGGACUGGCUAAUGGCAUUAGUGAUGAAGAGGAAGAAGAAAAGGAAGGUGAAGAAGAAGUGGAAGAGAAACUGGGAAAAGCAAAUGGGUAUCAGCCUCAUUCUGGCCUUAGCACUGAUGAGUCACAGAAGCAGAACGAAGCUCCCAUGCAGUUCUUGGACAGAGAUGAUGAUAAUGAGGAGGAAGAAGAUGAACUCGGUGCUGAUUUCUUUAAGGUGAAGCGACACAAUGUGUUUGGGUUGGACCUUAAAGAGAAUAAAGCAUUACAG